AGAGCCCCCGGGGGAAGCGCUGGGGCCGGGCAGGAAAGUGACUCUCUGCCCCGGGAGCCCCAGACGCUGCAGCCCCCGGGGGUCGGCCCCGGCACGGCUGGGAUGGGGGGAGGCGUCAGGAGGGGAGAAGCCGGAGCUUGGGGGGGGGGGCGGGGAUGCUGAACCGUCUCUGUGCAGCCAGGACAUGCCCGGGGGAAGGGGCAGAAGGGAAUUAAAGGCAGGGGCUGACCUGGCAGGGCAGAUUCCCCGAGCACAAAGGCUGCAGAACGAUGCCCACGUCUCGCUCCAGCUCACCCCAUCCUCCCACGGGACAGGGGAGAGAAAUGCCAGCUCAGGGGCCGGUGACCUUCGAGGAGGUGGCUGUGUAUUUCACCAGGGAAGAGUGGGCUCUGCUGGACCCCGCUCAGAGAGCCCUCUGCAGAGACGUCAUGCAGGAGAACUAUGAGAGUGUGACCUCGCUGGGGUUUCCCAUUUCCAAACCUGAUGUGAUCUCUCAGCUGGAACGAGGGGAGGAGCCGUGGGUGCUGGAUCUCCAGGGCUCUGAGGAAGGAGAGAUCCCGAGAGGCGCCUGCGCAGCAGGUGCUUGGAUGGUGAAUGAGAACGAGGAGCUGACUCCUCAGCAGGAAGAUGCUGAGCAAGUGGAAGCGCGUGGGGGAUUAUCGCAAGGAUCGAAAGGGAAUGUGUCCAGGCGUUGUGUGAAGGGGAAAGCCUGUGAGAGCCACAACAGGCCAGAGAGGCAGCAGGGAAACCAGCUCAGGGAGAAAGUGGGCAAAUCCAUUAAUUGUCAGGGGCCUCACCAGGACUCCCAGGAAAUCACAGACCAGCAGGGAAUACCUACAGGAGAGAGAAAAAACACAUGCACUGAGUGUGGGAAACACUUCACUCUGAACUCCACCCUUGUUAGACAUCAGAGGAUCCACACGGGAGAGCACCCCUACCAAUGCUGUGAGUGUGGGAAACAGUUCAGCGAGAAAUCAAACCUUAUUACACAUCAGACAAGCCACACAAGAGAGAGACCCUAUGAGUGCUGUGAGUGUGGGAAAAGCUUCACUCGGCACUCAUCCCUUACUAGACAUCAGAGGAUCCACACCGGGGAGAGACCUUAUGAAUUCUAUGAGUGCGGGCAAAAGUUCACUCUGAGCUCAUUCCUUAUUAAUCAUCAGCGAAUGCACAUAGGAGAGCGCCCCUAUACAUGCUGUGAGUGCGGGCAAACAUUCACUCAGAGCUCAGCCCUAUUUAAACAUGAGAAGAUCCACACAGGAGAGCGCACCUAUGAAUGCUCUGAGUGCGGGAAACAGUUCAGUGAGAAAUCAAGCCUUAAUAAACAUCAGACAAGUCACACAGAAGAGAGACCCUAUGAGUGCUGUGAGUGCGGCAAAAGUUACACUCGGAGCUCAUCCCUUAUUCGACAUCAGAGGAGCCACACAGGAGAGAGACCGUAUAAAUGCUGUGAGUGCGGGAAAAGUUUCACUUUCAAAUCAAACCUUAAUAUACAUCAGAGAAUUCACACAGGAGAGCGCCCCUAUGAAUGCCGUGAGUGUGGGAAACAGUUCACUUGGAGCACAGCCUUUCGUAAACAUCAGAGAAUCCACACAGGAGAGCAGUCCUAUGAAUGCCGUGAGUGCGGGCAAAUGUUCCCUCAGAGCUCAGCCCUUCUUAAACAUCAGAGAAUACACACAAGAGAGAGACUCUAUGAGUGCUGUGAGUGUGGGAAAAGCUUCACUCGGAGCUCAUCCUUUAUUAGACAUCAGAGGGUUCACACAGGAGAGAGACCGUAUCAAUGCUGUGAGUGUGCGAAAAGCUUUGCUUUCAAAUCAAACCUUAAUAAACAUCAGAGGGUCCACACAGGAGAGCGCCCCUACAAAUGCUGUGAGUGCGGGAAACAGUUCAGUGAGAAAUCAAACCUUAUCACACAUCAGAUAGGCCACACAGGAGAGAGACCCUAUGAAUGCUGUGAGUGUGGGAAAAAGUUCACUCAGAGCUCAGGCCUCUUUCAUCAUCAGCGAAUGCACACAGGAGAGCGACCCUAUACAUGCUGUGAGUGUGGGAAAAAGUUCACUCAGAGCUCAAGCCUUAUUAAUCAUCAGAGAAUCCACACAGGAGAGCAACCCUAUGAAUGCAGUGAGUGUGGGAAAAAGUUCACUCAGAGCUCAGGCCUUAUUAAUCAUCAGAGAAUGCAUACAGGAGAGCGACCCUAUAUAUGUUCUGAGUGCGGGAAAGCAUUUCCUCAUAACUCAGGCCUUAUUAAACAUCAGAGGAUCCACACAGGAGAGAGACCUUAUGAGUGCGCUGAGUGUGGGAAAAGCUUCACUGAGAACUCAUCCCUUACUAGACAUCAGAGGAUCCACACAGGCGUGAGACCAUAUGAAUGCUGUGAGUGCGGGAAAAGGUUCAGUUUCAAAUCAGACCUUAAUAACCAUCAGAGGAUCCACACAGGAGAGCGCCCCUAUGAAUGCCGCGAGUGCGGGAAACAAUUCACUUGGAGCACAGGGCUUAUUAUUCAUCAGAGAAUCCACACAGGAGAGCGCCCCUAUGAAUGCACUGAGUGUGGGAAACACUUCACUCUGAACUCCACCCUCGUUAGACAUCAGAGGAUCCACACAGGGGAGCACCCCUACAAAUGCUGUGAGUGCGGGAAACAGUUCAGUGAGAAAUCAAACCUUAUUACUCAUCAGACAAGCCACACAAGAGAGAAACCCUAUGAAUGCUGUGAGUGCGGGAAAAGCUUCACUCGGAGUUCAACCCUUACUAGACAUCAGAGAAUCCAUACAGGAGACAGACCCUAUGAGUGCUGUGAGUGCGGAAAAAAGUUCACUCAGAGCUCAGUCCUUAUUAAUCACCAGCGAAUGCACACAGGAGAGCGCCCCUAUACAUGCUGUGAGUGUGGGCAAACAUUCGCUCAGAGCUCAGCCCUGUUUAAGCAUGAGAAGAUCCACACAGGAGAGCGCCCCUAUGAAUGCUCUGAGUGCGGGAAACAAUUCAUUGAGAAAUCAAAAUUUAUGAAACAUCAGAAGAGUCACACAGGAGGGAGACCCUAUGAAUGUUGUCAGUGUAGGAAACAGUUCAGUGAGAAAUCAAGCCUUACUAAACAUCAGGCAAGCCACACAGAUGAGAGACCCUAUGAGUGUAGUGAGUGCGGGAAAAGCUUCACUCGGAGCUCAUCCCUCAUAAGACAUCAGAGGAUCCACACAGGAGAGAGACCGUAUAAAUGCUGUGAGUGUGGGAAAAGCUUUGCUUUCAAAUCAGACGUUAAUAAACAUCAGAGGGUCCACACAGGAGAGCGCCCCUAUGAAUGCCGCGAGUGCGGGAAACAGUUCAGUCAGAAAUCAAACCUUAGGGCACAUCAGAGAGGCCACACAGAACAGAGUCCCUAUGAGUGCCGUGAGUGCGGGAAAAAGUUCACUCAGCUCUCAAGCCUUAUUAAUCACCAGAGAAUCCACCCGGGAGAGCGCCCCUAUGAAUGCUGUGAGUGGGGGAAACAGUUCAGUGAGAAAUCAAACGUUCUUAAACGUGAGGCAGACCACACAGGAGAGAGACCCUAUGAGUGCUGCGAGUGCGGGAAAAAGUUCACUCAGCGCUCAGGCCUUAUUAAUCACCAGAGAAUCCACACAGGAGAGCGCCCCUAUACAUGCUGCGAGUGUGGGAAAAAGUUCACUCAGAGCUCAGGCCUUAUUAAACAUCGGAGGAUCCACACAGGAGAGAAACCCUAUGAGUGCUCCGAGUGCGGGAAAAGUUUCACUGAGAGCUCAUCCCUUAUUAGACAUCAGGGGAUCCACACGGGAGAGAGACCCUAUGAAUGCUUUGAGUGUGGGAAAAGCUUCACUUUUAAAUCGGACCUUAUUAAUCAUCAGAGGAUCCACACACGAGAGCAGCCUGUGAAUGCUGUGAAAGCGGGAAAAGUUUCACCUGGAGCUCACACCUUAAUAGACAUCAGUGAGUUCACAGGAUAGAGACACACCAUAAGAACUUUGUGUAGGGCAGAGAAAAGAUUUUUUUUUUAAAGACAUUUGUUAAUUCCUACACAGGGACUUUGGUGAAAACAGCCCUAAAUUUGUGUCACCCUGUUCUCUCAGCUCCCCCAGGUGAGUUGCCCACUUUUUCUUUGCAGGUCGCCCUUCUCUGGGGUGACCCAUGGUCCUUUCUACCUACUCCUUUCUCCUGUGAGUCAUGAGAGUGUGUCUCCCUCCGGCCAGGAGUGUCCAUCAGCCUCAAGUGGGGUUAAUAGGGGUGACCUCAGGUAGGGGUGAUCUAAAAUUGACCUGGGCUUUGUCUCCGCUAGGAUUUUCCAGCCUGCUGGAGGUAGCGAUCCUAAUGUAAACACCCUGCUGUAUGUGCAGUGCUGACAUAGCCCAGGGGCUGGGGUUAGCUCGCACCUUCCCCUUUGACCUGUCCUAAUCGACACCAAUGUUCCUGCUCUGGACAAUCCCUGAGCAGCACAUUUAUACUGGCCCUGCUCUAGCAGAGCGAGUGUUAGUCACCAAGUUCCCCCUUUGGCGACAGAUUGUCUCAUUCCCAGUUGUUCUCAUGCUGAUCCAGGUUGUUCUGGGCAGUAGGUAUUUUUCUUUUUAACAUUUUCCUUAUUGAAAAUCUAUUUCAAUAUAACAAAGAGGAGGAGCAGGAGUGGGACAAAUGUAUCAUUUUGGCCCCUGUGACACUGGAAGGAAAUGGGGUGAGUCGACGGGAUUCCCUCCUUCCCCAUCACCAUCACUAGGUCCGCUCACUCCAGCAGCGCUGGGUUCUGUUUGAGCCACAAUGGAGCUUAUCCACCUAUAAUCUACCCCCCCCCCCCACCUCCCAAAGUGUCUCUGCACUUCAUAGCAAAUUGAUCCUAAAUCCGACUUGUUACGGCUGGAGAUGAAAAUGUCCCAGACCUGGAUGGGGAAUUUCCAUGGAUCCCAAACACCAUGCGAUCAUUCCCCAUUUAAAUCUCAGUUUCUGUCUAUUGACAGAGCAACUUGUGGAAAUUUUCCUGCUGAGCUGGGAUCGUUUGCAGACGAGAAGGUCAGCAGUUUUUCCCUGAUAUGAUGAUAAUUUUCUUGUUUUGUCAAUAACAAUUCCAUAAUAAUGAAGUGCUGUUGAGUGAAACAGGUUUGAAUGGAUCAGAAGAGAAAGUGACAGGGGAAUCUGCUCUGCUGAUUUUUGAGUUAUCGGAUGUAACCUGCUCUGGAAUUUAAUUUUAUAUGAAACUGAAAGUGACUUAUACAGAGCUAGUUGAGUGGUGUUAAGUAUAGUUUACGUUUAGUGAGCUGUGUUCUUCAUUUUAUUUGUUUGUUCAUUUUAAUGAAAUGUAUAAAAGCGAUAAUGAGUCAUCUCUUUCAAUAAGUCACAUGGGUCAGAACCAUGGAGCAUCUGGGUGGAGAUCAGCCAGUCCAAGUUGGAGCCUUAUCGGCUCCCUCUGAAUUAACCCUUUGGCUCUCACAUGAGAGCAGCUGUGGGGGUAGGGGGUGGGAACCUAUCUCAGCUCCCGCUGGAUUCUAGGGAGCUCAGAGCAUCACAAGUAAAAAAUGAGCUCACCUACACAGGCUUUUAGGAGUAGGGAGUUGGUGGAAGGGCAGGGUAUCUCUAAGUAGGGGUGGGAUGGCUAUGGAUUUCUCUGCUGUCACUGUCAUGACCAGGACCAGCCAGCACACCCAUCCGGCUUGCCCUGGGAUUGUGUCUGGUCAGGAUCAGCUGAUGUUGUGGGUCUGGUUCGAAGGGUUGUAAAUGGAGGGGAAGAGAUUGUGCCUUUUAGCCAUUGUGGUGUUGGCAGACUGAAGAUGUGUUUGUGUUUUGGGGGAACAUUGGGGAAUAACUGAAAGAGGGCAGGCAGAGUUAAGGUUGUGUGGGCAACCUUAUCUCUUAGUUUCCUAUUUUUCAGGCGUGUGAGUUUUGCUGAAGUUGAGCUUCUCCAGGCAGACAACAUUCCACCAGGCACUUAACUCCUUGUUAAUGAUGGUUUUUGUCCUUUAAUUACUCCUUGAGGAAUUCUGCACCAAAACAUUAAAAAUUCUGCACACUA